AUGUCGAUUUGCCUCUUUAAAGAAACUUACCACUACCCUUUCAAGCCAUGGCCGACGGAUGGUAUCUUAAAGAAUGCCACGACAUUGAUUGUACCGCCGCUUCAAGCGACUUCGCGCGAGGGCGGAAAGCGAGGCUUGAAACCUGGCCCUCCAGCUAAACACAAGAGGAAAAUGUCAAAAGGAGGUGACUAG